GAGAGAGAGAGAGAGUGACAGGAUUGUGGGGAUGUGAGAAGCUAAAAGCAUGUUUGUGUACUGUCUUGCUGUUGGUCUGGAUUAUAAAAGUUUGUUGCAAACUACACUGUAGCCCGCUUAUUACCCACAGCCCAGGAAGACACUAAAACACUAAUAUCAAGAAAUCUGGUUUACCAUUACCCAUGGAUUACCAUUUAAAGCUUUAUGUUCUCUAGUAAAAGGUUUGUCUCUUCAUCUUUCAGGUUUUGGUCCAAACGGAUAUGCUACCAGCAUGGGCUUUAGUUCUAUUCACUGUUAAAGCUAACAUGUGAUUUCCAUCAUUUCUAUCCAUAUUGGAGAUGUGACCAAGAAUCAUCCUACUCCCAGGAGAAUUUCAAUGAAUUUGCAGUGACCCUUUCUUCUAAAGGAACAUGAGGACAUGCUUUAAAACUAAAUAGACACCCCCACAGCUUGCCUUACUCGAGGAAACAAACCCAACCUGGCAACCCACUGAGGGGAGCUUGCAGCGGACUGGCUCGCGGGAGUGACGCGCGCGAAAGGAGGCGGUCCACGUGCCUUAUGUACAGGUAUAUAAACGACCUCGCUGAGGAUCCGAGUCACACCUGAGACUUCAGCACCUGCAGGCAGAGGGACAGCUCUACAGUCAUGAUUAAGAAAAUGUCCCCGUCAGAACCCGAGUUUGACAUCCCAGCCAAGAACUGCUACAGGAUGGUCAUCUUGGGCUCCACUAAAGUCGGCAAGUCCGCCAUAGUGUCCCGGUUCCUCAGCGGGAGGUUUGAGGAUCAGUACACUCCGACCAUCGAGGACUUUCACAGAAAACUUUACAGCAUCAGAGGAGAUGUUUACCAGCUGGAUAUUCUGGACACCUCUGGGAAUCAUCCGUUUCCUGCCAUGAGAAGGUUAUCCAUCCUUACAGGUGAUGUGUUCGUCCUGGUGUUUAGUCUGGAUAACCGGGAAUCCUUUAACGAAGUGCAGCGGCUGAAGCGGCAGAUCUACGAGACCAAGUCGUGUCUGAAGAACAAGACUAAGGAGAACAUGAACGUGCCUCUGGUGAUCUGCGGGAAUAAAGGAGACCGCGAGUUCCAGCGCGAGGUAGCGCGUGAGGAGAUCGAGCAGCUGGUGGCCGGGGACGAGCAGUGCGCGUACUUUGAGAUCUCCGCCAAGCGCAACACCAACGUGGACCUGAUGUUCCGCCGGCUCUUCGCCAUGGCCAAGCUGCCCAACGAGAUGAGCCCGGACCUGCACCGCAAGGUCUCGGCUCAGUACUGCGACAUGCUGCACCGCAAGUCCUUCAGGGGCAAAAAGCCGAAGGACUGCGACGCGUACGGUGUGGUUGCGCCUUUUGCGCGCCGCCCGAGCGUGCACAGUGACCUCAUGUACAUCAAGGAGAAGGCGGUCGGCGGCGCGCACGGCAAGGACAGAUGUGUGAUCAGCUAAGAUCGUGUUACUCCUGAACCGUUAAAAACACUCGGUGUGAAAAAUGCACAUGUUGCUGAACUGCACCCGGAACGGCGGCGCGCACGAAUGGACCCGCGCACUGCUCGAACCGUCCUGCGCGUGUCCGCGCGCUUCAUUAAAGCAGUGAGAACCCCGUUACCGGAGGCGGUGACCCGGGGUGUGAGCGGCCGGUAAUCCCGGUGAGAAACUCGCAAACUGCAGUGUGGAAUAACCUGCUAAGUGUUUACAUUUUUUAUGUUUUAUAUAAUAAUUGAAUGUGAACUUCACUUGUUGGAACAAAAUGUCCAGUGUUUAUUUAUUCUUUUUAUGAGUGUAACUGUUUUUAAACCACAAAUAAAGAAAGUCGAAUGAA